AUGUCUACCUCUUCCACCAUGAACUUCGCUACUGGUCUUGAGCAGUUCGGCACCCUCGGAGGCCUGAACUGGGAUGAUGAGUUUGAGGCACUUGCUUCAACUUCCCCUGCCCUCAACCCGGAAGAUGUUACUGCUCAGGAUAAUGAAGUCGCUGAGCCCGUGUCGACCAAGCCCACCGACGGCGAGCUCUUCCCUCUCGAGAGCGACGUCGAUCCUGUCAUCGUAAAUGUCACACCCAAGGAAGGCCCGGCUGAAUCGCCCAAGGCUGAGACGCACCAGCUCUGGGAAGAGAGUCAACCGUGUUCUGCCGACAGCCUGUUUGAAGAACACACCGCAGUGUCCGAGCCUGAGCAACAGGACACUACCUCUUCGUUCGACAGCUUGUUCGAGGAGCCAGCUACAGUGCCUGAGCCUGAGCAGCUUGGAACCGCCUCCCCCAUCAGCAGCGAGCCCCUCCACCCCGGCCCUACCGACGAGACAACUUCUUGGUACGGGUACACGACCACCUCCCCACAGGUCGCCUGCUGGGUCAUGUCGCCCGGCAUCUUCCACGACAUCGAGGGAAGACUGAGCAUGAGCAUGGACGACUUUUUCGAGCACAGGGACGAGCCACGCGUCGCUUCUUGUUUGCAACGCGCCAUCGACCACGUUUACGCAGUACCUGACGCUGCCCAGAUCCCCUACCCCGGCAAGGCCACGGGUGGAAAGGUUCCGCUCCCACAGUUGCCUCGUGGAUCGAUUGGCUUCAAGGAGCUCUACGAUGAGGAUGUCCCAGAGGACAUGUAUAUACCCAACGGCAUCAAGGUUCGUCAGCCUGGACCGGACGGCAGGGCAUUCUACCCUCGCCCGUCACCUCUGAGCAACGUCUCCGGCAUUGACUAUGGGGAUGAUGCCGAUGAGAUGGAGGACACCAGCGGAGCAAGCGCUAUCAUCGUCCCCACCAGUGACGACAACGACGAGAUCUCGAUCCAGGCCUACGAUCUCGAAAGCGAAUACGACGCCGAUGAGGAGUACAGUCUGACCUUUGAGGAAAGGAUCGAGGCUGAAUUCCAAGCCGAGAUCGACGGUGGCUGCCUUCCCGCGAACGUCGUUGAUCAAGACAACGCGUAUUUUUACAGUUCCAGCGAGGAACCGUCCCCUUGGCCCAGCUCCCCUCCUUUGCCUACCCUCGGCACAUACAGCUCGGCCACCGAGUUCGAGCAUGAGAUUGCCGACCUGCCUGCCACCAAGUCGACCUCAGACUGGCCUGAGCUCUCUCCGGCGCCGAACCGCAAGAUUCCCGGUCUCGGUCAUGCUCACCCCUCGGAUGCACCUCUAUUCGCUUCCGCCUUGGACCAGGCUAAAUCCGAUAGCCUUGAGCUUCAUGGAGAAAAUGAUUUCGCCAUUACGCUGAACGGCGACGACAUUGACGAAGCCUUCUCUCAUCUCGAGAACUUGAGCCGCGCAUCCCCGGUUGAGCUCCAGGAGUGCAGGCCUCAGCCCAGCUGCUCCUACGCGGAAUCGGUGCCCUACAUUGAUUGUCACAGAGGCGCUUCACAGUCUACCACUGGAGGACUGCGCGGCAUCAUCAAUGUGAUGGGAGCAGUUGGCCACACGGUCUGGUCAAUUUGCAGUGUUAACCCCCUUUCAGUUUUCUUGUUUUGA